AUGAUUACUGAAGAAAUGCGUUUAGAUAUCAGAGACGACAGUUACUUUUGGCCAAUGGUGCAGAAUGUCCAUGAUCUGAUUGAUAUUCCCUGUUCAGUUAUUAAAUGUUUGGAAGGAGAAUAUCCAACACUAUUGAAUUUAUCCAAAAAAUUGACUGAUGUGUACGGAGAUUUCAUUGACAAAUCAUAUUUUCUAGAAGAAAAAAGUCAAAGUUACGUUGAAGACAAGUACUUGGAGCGCAAAGAUUUCAUCUCUCAUCCGGUACAUUUUGCAGCGCAUUUGUUAAACCCUCAACUCUUCGAUUGUCCAUUGGUUAAAGGUGAUAAAAUCGAAGCAAAUAAUAAUAAUAAUAAUAAUAAUAAUAAUAAUAAUAAUAAUAAUAAUAAUAAUAAUAAUAAUAAUAAUAAUAAUAAUAAUAAUAAUAAUAAUAAUAAUAAUAAUAAUAAUAAUAAUAAUAAUAAUAAUAAUAAUAAUAAUAAUAAUAAUAAUAAUAAUAAUAAUAAUAAUAAUAAUAAUAAUAAUAAUAAUAAUAAUAAUAAUAAUAAUAAUAAUAAUAAUAAUAAUAAUAAUAAUAAUAAUAAUAAUAAUAAUAAUAAUAAUAAUAAUAAUAAUAAUAAUAAUAAUAAUAAUAAUAAUAAUAAUAAUAAUAAUAAUAAUAAUAAUAAUAAUAAUAAUAAUAAUAAUAAUAAUAAUAAUAAUAAUAAUAAUAAUAAUAAUAAUAAUAAUAAUAAUAAUAAUAAUAAUAAUAAUAAUAAUAAUAAUAAUAAUAAUAAUAAUAAUAAUAAUAAUAAUAAUAAUAAUAAUAAUAAUAAUAAUAAUAAUAAUAAUAAUAAUAAUAAUAAUAAUAAUAAUAAUAAUAAUAAUAAUAAUAAUAAUAAUAAUAAUAAUAAUAAUAAUAAUAAUAAUAAUAAUAAUAAUAAUAAUAAUAAUAAUAAUAAUAAUAAUAAUAAUAAUAAUAAUAAUAAUAAUAAUAAUAAUAAUAAUAAUAAUAAUAAUAAUAAUAAUAAUAAUAAUAAUAAUAAUAAUAAUAAUAAUAAUAAUAAUAAUAAUAAUAAUAAUAAUAAUAAUAAUAAUAAUAAUAAUAAUAAUAAUAAUAAUAAUAAUAAUAAUAAUAAUAAUAAUAAUAAUAAUAAUAAUAAUAAUAAUAAUAAUAAUAAUAAUAAUAAUAAUAAUAAUAAUAAUAAUAAUAAUAAUAAUAAUAAUAAUAAUAAUAAUAAUAAUAAUAAUAAUAAUAAUAAUAAUAAUAAUAAU